AUGUUCCCGGCUGCAUCCUUGUUGGCUAUUCUCCUCCUGGCUUUGUCCAUCGCAGGAUCACCCGUUGAAGUUCGCAACUCCCCCAUCACCAUUCCCAUCGUUAGGAGGCUAAACACCUCCGGUGGUACCAUCAACCUUUCACAGCACGAUAAAGCUCGCGUGGCCGCUAUUAAGGACCGCUCCGCCAGCACGCUCAACCGCCGUGCUGGUAACAUUCCUGUCAUAAAUGAGGCUGUCUCCUACAUCGCACAAGUUGGCAUUGGCAGCCCUGCCACAAUUUACGACUUGAUUGUUGACACUGGUAGCUCGAAUACUUGGCUUGGUUCCGGCUCUGCGUACGUAAAGACCGGCACCAGCAUCAAUACUAGUCAGCCUGUGUCGGUCGGCUACGGUUCUGGUUACUUUUCUGGAACUGAGUACACCGACACUCUCACUCUCGGCAGUGGGCUCACCAUCACCAACCAAUCGAUUGGUGUUGCUUCUGAAUCGAGCGGCUUCACUGGUGUUGACGGCAUCCUUGGCAUCGGGCCUCUCGGCUUGACAGAGGGUACCUUGACGAAUGAACAAACGACGUCCAUCCCGACUGUCACUCAGAACCUGUACAACCAGGGCAAAAUUUCUCAUAUCAUCGUUGGUAUCUCUUUCGAGCCCACCACGUCGCAGAAGGUCACCAACGGUGAGCUCACCUUUGGUGGAACUGACGCCACCAAGUACAGCGGCUCCAUUGCAUAUACUCCUCUCACCACCACCCAAGAUGCAUCCCACUACUGGGGUAUCAACGAGAGCAUCAUGUACGGCUCCACGACGAUCUUGUCUACGACUGCUGGUAUCGUCGAUACUGGCACCACACUCAUCUAUAUAGCCACCGACGCCUACACAAAGUACCAGUCUGCAACCGGCGCUACUCUGGAUCAGGUCACUGAUCUUCUAAGCAUCAGCCUUACCCAGUACCAUGCCCUCAAGAACUUGAAUUUCAACAUUGGAAAGACAACCUAUUCUCUUACUCCUAAUGCUCAAAUCUGGCCUCGUUCACUCAAUACUUAUCUUGGUGGUAGCAGCGGCUCCAUCUACCUCGUUGUUGCUGACAUUGGCACGCCCAGUGGUCAAGGUCUUGACUUCAUCAAUGGCCAGACUUUCCUCGAGCGCUUCUACUCCGUUUUCGAUACCACUAACUCCCGUGUCGGUUUUGCUACAACCUCGUUCACUGAUGCUACCACCAACUAA